UCAUUGUCGCCGCCAAGCUCGUUUUGCAGGCUGAAUACAUAUCUUCGGCAACAGUGAGUUUGCAAAUUUCCCGUUAUAUCUCAUCAUAAGCCUUUGAGAUGGGAACUAGAGAUACAACAGCGAUACGGAGAUGAAGGGUAACACGGGCGAGAUCUUCUCUUGUUCGAAGGAAUUUCCAAUUGGUUCAGGGACUCGAUCGGAACUUUCGAUGGACGCCAUUUUGUCAUUGGGAUUUUAAAGAUUCCGAUACUCUCAAGACAUAAAUCUACCAUUCUGAUUCACAUAAGAGGUUCAGGAUCAACAGAGCUAUAGACUGAUAUCUAUUUUAACAAGUGAAUGGUGCCGAUCCUCUGGAUAUGGCCAAUUCGAACACCACACUUGCGAGUUUAUGGAUGGAUGAUGCUCAAGGAAGUCCUGUGAAAAUCUUGCAAGGUACACCCACAAAGUCUUCCAACGGAUCAGAAUUCAGGGAUGACAUUGUUAAAUUCUAUAAAGACUCCGGACUUGAACCUGUUGCAAAAGAGGUUGGAAUAAUUGAUGCUAAUGGCGAUUUACCUGGGUUGCGAGAGCAGAGCUCGAAGCCACCACUGCGGUUGGUAGCUGUGCCCAUCACUGGUUCCCCAAAUAAAAUGUCCCCAUAUAAAAAUGCAGAUCAGCAGAUGUCACACCUAUUACCAAAGAGAACAGUAGGAUCACCACAAGUAAUCAUGGCUGCUACGAGUCCCAGAACACCCAUGGUCCCGGUCGACUCCCUAUGGGGGCGCAAACGCCAGGCAGAUAUCACCAUAGAAACAGAAUUUGCAGAAGGUAAGAGGGGUAAGAAGGGUGAGAAAGGAGGAAAAGGUCUACGACACUUCUCCAUGAAGGUGUGUGAAAAAGUGCAGAGGAAAGGUGUUACAUCAUACAACGAGGUGGCUGAUGAGCUGGUGCAAGAGUUCAGCGACCCACGGAACCUUACUUCACCCUCUGACCAGGCAUACGACCAGAAGAAUAUCCGACGAAGAGUUUAUGAUGCCCUGAAUGUACUUAUGGCCAUGAACAUCAUCUCCAAAGAGAAAAAGGAAAUCCGUUGGAUCGGCUUACCCACAAAUUCCGCCCAAGAAUGCCAAAAUCUUGAGUUAGACAAGCAGAAACGAAUGGAGAGAAUUAAACACAAAACACAGCAGCUACAGGAGUUGAUAUUACAACAAAUUGCCUUUAAAAAUCUGGUACAACGUAACCGAGUGAGGGAGCAAAGUAGUGGUGGUCCUGCCACUAACUCCGCCAUUCAGCUUCCCUUCAUCAUUGUCAACACCAGUAAAAAAACAGUCAUUGACUGCUCCAUAUCCAAUGACAAGUACGAGUAUUUAUUUAACUUUGAUAACACGUUUGAGAUCCAUGAUGAUAUUGAGGUUCUGAAGAGGAUGGGAAUGGCCAUGGGUCUGGAGAAAGGUCAGAUAGCCCAGCCAGAUCUGUCGCGGGCUGUCAAGAUGGUGCCCAAGUCCCUGGAGCCUUAUGUUUAUGAUUUGGCGCAGGGCAGUAUGGCCAAUGCUGGACCAAGUGGUAUCCGGCCAAUCACCUCGGGGAUAUCCCCACACAACCAGUCCAGGUAUAAGUCGGUGACUAUGUCAUCACAAACUGUAGAUGUUGACAUGGAGGUUGCUAUGGCUACCAGUCAAGGAUUGUCGCGGGACUCCAGCAUGGGCUCGUACUCUGACAUGCCUUCCCGUGCUGCGACAGAGACACCGUCCGAGGACUUCAGCGAUGAGACGGACACAGACAGAUCCAGUCCAGUGGAUAUGAGCUAGAGUUAGAGGGAUAGGCAGAGAAAGCUUUCCACUUUGACCAAUGAGUCGCUAUCAGACUGACUGAGUGGUCAGAUAAUGUUUCGACUGACCAUUGGUUAAACUGACCAUAGGAGAUGGGGCCCCCCAGAUAUAGGUGUUUGAUGAUGACUGGUCAGAUAUUUAAAUAGUCAUGGACUGGUCAGUGAGGUCAAAGGUCGACUUCAUAGGACCAGUUGGUUAUGUAACCAGGACAAGGUCUGCCUGUCUGAGUGAUUGACCAGCUGUGAUAAAUUGACAUGUGAAGUAUGUGUGGAACAAGUCAACACAAGGGGGCGCCACAAACGGCACUGCUAAACAGUGCCACAAACCGAUCACUAUAGGCACUGCAGUGUCUAUGAAGGGUCAAUACAGCAUAUGGAGUAUUGCACAAGGUCAAACAUUUUGUGCAUGUUUAUGAUUCUGCUGGAGCGACAACAAAGAGAUGCCACACAAUUUCCUUAUAGUCUCAGGAUUUUUCCUCAUCUGGAUGGAAUGUUUUUUUAUCAUACCAGGAGAAGAAGCUAUGCUUUUAAGACAAGUUUUCGACGAGAUGACAUAACAAAUGUGGAAGCUGUUGUUGGCUCCUUGGCCAUCUUAAUUUUUUCAUUGAAACGAUCAAUGCAAUAGACUGAAUAUAACUUGCAUAUAAUGUCAUUGCUAGUGACUAACCCUAUCGUGAAUAUUUCAAUGCAAAGAUCUAGUGUAUUCCCACAUCCAGGGAAAUCAAACAAUCGUGGACUUGAGAAGAGAAUUGCUUCAGAUAUUGUGUGGUUGGUGUGGUUGGUUUUGGUAACAGUGAGUUGUGUGCAGCCUAUGUAUUUGUAGGACUGGGGUAUGUUUAAUGUUUAUGUGUAAACUACGUGUGUAGAUCACUAAUAUUUAGCGAGAGAUUUAUUUUUACAUUAAUAGUUAACCCCCCCAUUUGCAAAUAAUGUUCUAAUCUCCUUAGGGAAUUGAUUCCAGCACUAGUUGCAAAGUGUUUGGACUCCAAACAGAUCAGCUGUUGAGAUACGAUACAUGAGGAUAAAGUAAAUGUUAAAUUCAGUAAUAAUGAUUAUGGAAAAUUUGUGGAAGCCGGGAGACUUUGGAAGUGUUACUUGUUAUAUAUAUUGCGAUACAAAUGUUAAGUUUUCUCAUGCUGAUGUAUACAAACCUGUCCAGUUAGGAUGGUUAGCUUUAGGACGAUUCUAAGUUUAUUUGUGUUGAAAGUAGUUAGAAAAUAAGACAAUUAGAUAAUUAUUUCUUCAUUCCUAAGAUUUCUCUGCUGGUUUGGUGAUUCUCACAGAAAACCUUGUCUUUUUCACACUUCGACAGCACAUUGCAUUAUAUUAUUAAAAUAUUUUCUUUUUAUGACAGAUCUUGUUUAAUUUUGACACUGAAAUUAACCCCAAUAGGUAAUUUGAGUUGAAUUGAUAUAUUACUGAAAGCUUUUUAAGUUACAAAAUAUGCGAGGAAAUUCAUGUCCCUUCAUAUCAGUAACCAAAGUCAGAAGUUAAAAUUGUAACACAAAGCAUUUUGUUACAUUCAAGGUUUCGAAAGUAUUCAAUUAGGUCGUCACAAAAUGAAGUAAUCCUUGUGUGCUGCAAAUAUAUGUAUGUGUAGGGAAUUUUGAAGAAGGGCUGUGCUUCAUUUCUGGGACUAUAGCAGACACAUGAGCUGAAACUUCAAGCCUACAUUGGUUUGGAUGGGCAUGGACCAUGGGCUGUUUUCCCACAUUCGGCUUUCAAACUCUUCAUUUAAUCUGAAAAAUCUUUGAUAUGGUUCAAAAACAGAAUUCCAUUUUUCAUUGAUGGCAUCAUUGUAUGUUGUUGAGAUAUGUGUCCUUUAUCAAAGGUUAAAUAAUAUCCUAACUCACUAAGGUUUUGUUUUUUGGAAAUUUGUUUCGGUAGAGCCAGCAGUGAGAUCAUUUUAUGGCCAUGUGUACGCGUAUUACAACAUCAGUAAAAAUCCUAGUUAUUUAAUUCUGCACAAAAAAAGACAUUUUGGGCAAUAAGGAAUAGCUGUAGGUUAUAUUUUCAUUUCAAAACAUUUUAAAAAUACUUGUUUGUUAAAUUUUGAUUCCAAAUAACAUGUGACGUGCGUUAGAGUUUGACCUUUCUUCAUAAUGGACUAUAUAUUAAUCUGCCAUAAAAUCUGAUUUCUGUUGUGACGUAAGAACUCUCACCUGUUAAAACAGGAAAAUAGUUUAUUUUAUGGUGGGUACGUAGCCUAUUAAAGGUGCUGAAUAUAUUGGGCUACCACUAUGCAUCAGUAAUCUUAAGUUUAUUUCCACAUAAAUAUAGCAUUUGUCAAUUUUUGUUUAGAUUUCGGCUAUUAUUCAAUGUUACCAUUUGUGUUCUAGUGCUCAAAGGAUGUGUUAGUGUGGUUAAACUUUCGGGCUCAGAAUUUCAUAGCCGUAGUAUAUAUCUUAUUUGAUGUUGUUGGUUUUAAUUGGUUAAAGCUUCCCAUAUUGUUACCAUACAGCUACAUGUAUAUGCAACUUAUUCCAAUUAGACCGUUCUCUCUUUGUGAACACCGACCUAGAUGUAAAGUCGUUGUAAGGGGAUUCAUGUAUUGAGAUGAGAAAAGCAAUACCACAUCUGCGCAAUAAAUAUUUUCACCUAUUUUCAGCUUUCCCAUUAGUAAUACACCACAUCUAAACGAUAAAAAAAAUCACCUAAAUUCAGCUUUUGUCUUGACCAAUUUCAACUGCAAUGAUGUGGGCUCGCUCCUUUAAUUGUGAUUGGUUUGAGGGCAUCGGUCAUAUUUGCUACCCUGUUGAUGGGUGUUUUAGGUACAGAAAUGCUUGUCCUUACAAAAGCCUGUUACGUAUACUCUUGCAAGUUUCAAGACAUUUUGCAAGUCAUUUAAUUUCCCUGUACAUGUAUACAUAUUUCUGAUAAUGCAGCUUCAAAUGAUUUCAUCUUGUACAUGUGGAUAUGCAGCUGUAUUUUAACUUGAAAGGUGUGUGAUAUUUUGUGAUGGCCUCUUCUUGCGAAAAUAAGUGACUAAAAUUCAAUGACUAACAAUCAUAUGCCUAAUCCUAGCCCUUUACACAAUCCUCAAGGUACAACUUCUAAAGGACAGUAUGUUUAUGGUUCUGAAAUGAAAACAAUUCGUUUGAAUUUUCUUAUAUUUUUUGCUUCAAUUUGAUGUCAUCAACAUGAACAUAUUGAACAUACAUUUUGUAGAUGGGGAAUUUUAAUGUCGUGUCUUUAGAUUUUCUAGCUCAUUAUUAAUGUACACUCUAAAAUACAUUUUCUAUGAACCAGGAAUAUAUAAUUGCAAGUCCAAACUUUAUUAUUUAAAGAUGACAACCAGAGAGGAUUGUGAAAUUUGGACCUAGUUUUGGAUUGUGUUCCAUUCAAGUUUUUUUUCACUGUUUGCUCAAGGGAUCCUUUACUGUACAUUGCAUACCUGUAGUGUUAGCCUAAAUUAUUGACUUGUUUGCUUGGUUGCUCCCCCUUGCUUGUUGUUGGCUUCAUUUUUACAUAGGUAUAAAACAUUUAGAUGUGACAAUUUCCAGACAUUGAAUUAUUAUAUAGGCAUGGAAAGUUGCAUUUAAUAUGCCAUGUAAUCAUUUAAAGGUGUGAUUUUUUUUUUUUGUAUAUUGAAUAUAAUCUUCUUCUUUUUUCGUGCCGACAGAAUUUGGAUUUAGCUGUGCUGAUUGAAUUGUUGUAUUUGUUUUAUGUAAAGUCACACUGUAUGUAGAUCUUCUAGACCUGACUUACAUCAUAAAACUAGUUACACUUUAAAAGAAAGCUUAACUGGUCGGUACCAGAAUAUUGUCUAGAUUGUUCUCUUUUGUUGGGUGUACAUGGGUUUCACCUAAAAUCCAAAGGUACUUGUUAUUUUUGAAGAGAUCUCAUUGAAAUUAGGUAUUUGUAUACAAUACUUAAACAAAUUUGAUAGUGGUCCAUAGCUAUGGGUUAGUGUGAUUUGAAACACUCUUAAAUACACAUGCUUUGUUGUUUUAGGAUGAAAAUUAUGUCUUGUUAUUUGAUGUACAGGAAAACCAUUUAAGGUAUGUCAGAAUAGAGAUGUAUGCUAUUUGUUAUGACAAAAAGAGUUGUUCAGAGAUGUGUGCAAGGUUGAAUGAGGAUUGUGUUUGGGUUCGUAAUGUAAGAGCUACAGUUUUGUAUGAUUGAUCGACGGCAGGUGUGUGUGUGGCGAGCCCAUUGAUUUGUCUGCAUAUUUUCAUAUAUAUCUUUUGAGUCAACAUAUUUCAUAAACCUAAGUACAUAUUUUCAUUAGUCAUCAACAAAAAAUAUUAUGUUUAUUUCUAUUUUUCCUCCAUAUUAAUAUUAUAUUAAUACAUUUAUUAGGAUUUAGAGCUGCAUUUGGUAACACCUGCUGUGCCAGGUCUGUAGCAGUGGCCUAUCUACAUUUCUCAAUCAUUCAUUCAUUACAAUGUAAUUGCAUGUUAAUGGAUUUAAAAUGUACUUUUACAGUCUUGAAGUAAAGGGAUUGGAUUAUCAAUUAAAGUGGAGUCUGUUUCAAAAUGUUGUCGGGUAGGAAAAUUGUGUAGAUUAAUAAAUAAUAAUGAGGCUUGCCUUGCUCAUGUGAUGACAGUAAAUAGAAAACUGAGUUUAUACCUUGUAAUGCAGGCACAAUUAAUGAAACCUUUUGAAUAAAAUUGAGAUCUGGAUAUAUUACUUCAUGCAAAGUUUAAAAAACAAUUUUGCACAAAAUAAACAAAAUUCACAUUUAUGUACAUCAUAAUGUGAUGGGAAAAAAAGCCUUGCAUUGACAUUCUGUUGGUACACACAUUCCACAGAAUACAAAUCUGAACAGGAAAGCAGUGAUAAAACCUGUGUUCCCAUAUUUGUAGAAGUAAAUACCUAUCUGUACAUAGAAUGUAGUAAUAAUUUGGAUGCAGGUGCUUCAAAUUGUUUGCAAAAGUUUACCUCUAAUUAUAUUUGUAAUUAGGAUUUUAUUGGUGGCCAUGUUGCAACCAGACUAGUUUCUCUAGUGUCAAGUUUUAAUCAGUAACUUGUCAGCACUCGGUACUGGCAGCUAACUUGUGUAAAUACAAACUUGUGUAGAUUUGUAAAGUAGUCUGUAAGCCAUGAACCUAUUUUUAUUUUGUACAAUUCAAACUUAAUUUAAAACUGGAAAAAAAUAAUACAGGGAGUCAGUGAUACAAUAACAAGCAGCUAUGCAGUCAAACAUUAUGAUGGGUGUCGAGAAUUCAAAACUAUUAUUCUUAAAGAAAUUGUAAACAAUAUGUGUAAAUUUGAUGAUCAUGCAACUUAACAUUUAUAAUUGUGUAAUACAUCUGUAAAGUUUCAUGACCAACUCAUCAUCGAUUAAAAAAGAAUGCACUGUU